AUGGACAAGACGAUGAACCAGCAGGAGUACGUGACAGUCAAAGGCGAGCGUUACGACACCAAGCGUCCGAAGGAUUCCGAAAUCCUCAAAGGCGAUGGCUCGUUCAUGGACAAGACGAUGAACCAGCAGGAGUACGUGACAGUGAAAGGCGAGCGUUACGACACCAAGCGUCCGAAGGAUUCCGAAAUCCUCAAAGGCGAUGGCUCGUUCAUGGACAAGACGAUGAACCAGCAGGAGUACGUGACAGUCAAAGGCGAGCGUUACGACACCAAGCGUCCGAAGGAUUCGGAAAUCCUCAAAGGCGAUGGCUCGUUCAUGGACAAGACGAUGAACCAGCAAGAAUUUGUAACUGUGAAAGGCGAGAGCGUUACGACACCAAGCGUCCGAAGGAUUCCGAAAUCCUCAAAGGCGAUGGCUCGUUCAUGGACAAGACGAUGA